GGUGAAGGUCAUUCCCAUCACGUGUGCCAGGGUCACGAGUCUUAAGCCAUGGCAACACGGAGGUUUUACGUCUAUCCUACCUCUAUUUGAGCAUAAUAUUUACUGUAAAAGUGGUCAAAACAAGUGGAUAAUUUUUAUCAUACAUAUAAAACUACUUUGGAUGUUUUGAUGCCCUCAAAAAUAAGGAUUGUAUUAGAAGGAUAUGCUCGGUAUCGUGAUGGUAAGAAGUGGAAGAAGCGUUAUUGCGUGCUGUCUUUGUCGCCAACUAAUCUUGAUGCUCUGCAUCUAUACAUCACGAAGAGUUAUGAUGACUUUGCAGCCUAUCGUAAUUCAGGCUCAGUGCUUACAGCUAUGCUACCUGUUGUACGUAAACCACAUGAAUUACCAAUCUCACCAGAGUCACGCAGUUUACUUGGUGAAUCAGCUGUUGUUCAAAGACCAUCUGAUCAAACUUAUAUGUCUUCAUCAACACUACUUCAACAGAAUACAUCAACUAAUUAUAGUCUAACUUCUAGUAGUAGUAGUGGACCUUUGGUCAAUACAGCAGCUUAUUCCUGUGUUGCUGCCUUAGAGAGCACUGCUUCAGGACUUGCAACAGCAUCUAACUUAGCUUCAAGUGUCGGUGGUCCAGCACCAGUUGAUGAAAUUACCGGGUUUGAAAGUGGCUAUCAUAUGGAUAAAGAGUCGAAUAUAAUAGUUCUUAUUGGUGGAUCAUCCGUGUACGCAUUAGCUCUAUCUGGUAUGGAUGAAAUGUUCCGUUGGGCAGACAAUUUGGCCCGUAUUGUUGUCGAUAAUCGAUUUCGUGUCACAUUACGUCAUACUGGUGAUGGUAGUAAACUUUUUCAAGGUCUUCAAGGCAGUUUACAUGUACAACACUGGAGAUUAUGCUUAAUUGGUGAACCAUCAAGUGGAUGUAAAUUUAUUUGUAAUUGGCGAUUAGAUCAUGUUGAAAAAGCUUAUACAAUGACUAUGCCUGCACAGAAUGCUAAUCAAUUUUUCACAUCUAAUAAUACUACUAACAAUAGUAGUAGUAGUAUUAGUAAUAGUAACAGUGGUAAUAGUAAUAAUAAUAAUACUAGUACUAUUAGUAGUAACUGUACUACCACUACAAACAAUCCUACAAUUGGUAUGAGCAAUUCUGCAUCAAUGAGUUCAUCAGUUACUAUAUCGUCAGCUUCGUCCACUAAUACUGGUCAUUCACAAGCAUUGGAUAUUCAUCAUCGUACUUCUGGUUCUUUUGGUUCUGGUUCACGUAAUCUAACCGGUGUGUUAGCAGCAACAACAACAACAACAAAUUCAAAUUCAACGCCUAACAAUACUAACAAGUAUUUAUUUUUUAUGGAAUGCAGUCCAGCAUCGGGAAAGGGUCGAGGCUCAUAUAUUUUCGAAAUCGAUGGUAGCAGAUUAGUUGAAUUGACUAUAGCAAUUGAACAAUUCACCGCUUUACGGUAUAAUUCUAAUCUAAAACCAGCAACAUCUGCAGAAGCUGCCCAACUGACUGUUGCAGCACAAUCCGCUUUAGGUACAAGUAGUUUCAAUCCAGUGGAUUGUUGUAAUAACAUUUUUCGGAGUAAUCCAGUGUGUGCAAUUCAACCUAACGGUUGUAUUGUCCAUGAUGAUGUGAAUAAUAUUGCCUCUUCAUUCUCCUCGGAUACAAGUAGUAAUCCACGGUCGAUAUCUCCGACUCAUCAUCAUCACCAGCAGCAACAGCUGCACCGAAAUCAACAACAACACCAACAGCAGCAACAGCAACAACAAGAACAACAACAGUUGAGAAAAAGGCGUAGUCGUGAUAGUAUAUUUAAUCCAUUGAGAAAAAUUUCCUCUGGUCAUCAUCAUAAUUUUAAUCUUUUCAAUAAAACAAACGAUUAUCAACAAGCCUCAACUAUUGAUCGUAUUCCAAAUAAACAAGUUAGUAUACCACCACAAUUGAACAGUCAAUCCUCUGUGCCUGUUAUGAUGAAUUCCAAGUGUAGUUGGAGUCUACAGAGAACUUCUUCACUAUCUCCACCAGAUAUACUUACUACUAAUGAUUUAGUCGGAGAUAUGUAUAAUUCUAAUUCAUUAUCAAGAUCAACUGCUACCACUAGUAGUAUCAGUGCGGUACAGGCUGCAAUCUCAGCUAUUAAAAAUAUUCAAGAAGGCAACAACAGUCCAAUUGAUAUUGCCAAUUUAUUGACAAAAUCUUUACAAAAUCAUGAUGUUAGUAGCCUACCCAAUCAUCAAGAUCCAUCUAUUUGUUCUCAUUCUCCAUUAUUUAUUGGCACUGGUGUUGUACAUGGCGGCGGUGUUCAACCUCAUCAUCAUCAUCAUCAUCACCACCACCACCAUCAUCCUCCUCAUCUCCCCACCUCAUCGUAUCGUCUGAAUGAUGAUACGCCUACUCCGUGUUCAUUAUCAGCAUCACUGACGGCGACAUCAUCAACAGCAACAACAGCGUCUGGAUAUGAUUUAAUCGAUAAUAUGUCGGAUACAAAUUAUUUCCUUCAUGAUAAUGUACAAGUGGCUAAAGUUGCAGCUGGUUUAAUUAUCUCUAAAAAACCACCGUAUUAUUAUAAUAAUAAUAACAAUAACACAAGUAAUCCCAACAAUAGUGUAUGUGCAUAUCCUACACGUACUACUACUACCACAUCAAUUUGUGCAACAUCUUUCUCCACUUCAAUUACUGGUCAUCGACAAGCACCACUUCUUCCUCCACCGCCGCCUUCAUCUCGUCCUCCUCCUCCUCCUCAUCACCACCAACACCAUCCCCACUCCCACCAACAUCAACGUUUGAUUUUUGAAAAUAAUCAAUCAUCAACUGGAUGUAAUACAACUGCAGUACUACCAUCAGUGCCUAUACCAUCUAUUAUUGGUACUGAUAUUAGUAGUACGCAUAGUGGUAUGCAGCAGCAUUCUUCAUCUUUACAGUCGAAUGAAUGUUGUAGUAGUGGUAAUAGUAGUAAUCGAUUACAGUUCAGACAACCAUCACGGGAUCAACAAUAUCAUCAUAUCAGUUCAUCAAAUCCUAUUUCAACUAGUCAAUUAUCGGAUUCAUUAUAUACAUCAAGUUCAGAUUAUUCGAAUUAUGGUCUUGUUAAUUCGUUAACUACUACUGAAUCAACAUUGGAUCAAGUUGACAAUAAAAGAGACUCUGGUGUUACUUCUCAACCUGCUACUAUGGCUACGACUGCUGCUGUUGCUCCUAGCAGUAACAACAACAGUAAUGUUAAUCCUGAAGUAUUUACAACCGAUGAAGAUUACUGGGAUUUACGUACUACUAGUAGUAAUAGUAGUAAUCAGUGGAAAUCUCAACUGUAUUCGUCGAAAACAAGUCUCACUGGUGUGGAUGGUGAUUGUAGUGUAGCGAAAAAAUCGAAUUAUUCAUCUGUAAUAACUGAUCUGCCUACAUCUACUACACUGGGAUCAUCAUCACAUACUUGUUGUAAAGAAUUAUUUUCUAAUGAUACCUGUGGACUAUAUAAGUUGGCGAUGAAUAAUACAGCGCAUAAUCCUUAUUCCUUUUAUUAUUCAUCAUCUAUUGAACCAGAGCAGUGUAUUUAUCGUCGUCGACUUCAACAAUAUCGUGUUUGUCUGUGUAAAUCUUUACUGCGUAGAUCAUUUUCAGCAAAUACAAAUCUUCAAUUAAUUGAUAUAUCAAAUAAGCUACAAAAUGAUGAUGAAUAUCGUACAAGCAUGAUGUUAAGAACUAUGCGUUCAUUAGACAGUUGUUGUGCAGUUACUACUACUACUACUACUACUACAUCAACGAUGACGACAACGGCGGCGGCGGCGGCGUCGACAACAACAAACGAUGAACAUAACUUGAUUCAUCAAAAUCUAUGCGGUCAGUAUUCUAGAUGUUGUCGAACUACAGAAUCAUCCAACAGUAAUUCAAAUAUUUCAAUACGUCCACCGCCACCGGCAGCUCCAUUGUCUAGUGGCAAACUUCUUUGUGGUGGAGGAGGUGCAGGUGUAGGCCGUUUCCAGAGGAUCCAUAGAUUAUUUCAACGUAAGCAUUCUCAAAGUCAUGAUAGUCUUCAGAGCAGAAAAAAUUCAAUGGAUGAUAGACCAGGGAUAUUCAAUGACUCAGAAUACAGUAUUACAACUGGUAGUGAUGGUGGUGGUGAUGAUAAAUCAAGCUUUGAUAAACCUUUACACUCUGAUAUGCUGCCAUGGGAUGGGAUCGAUGAACUCAAACAAGUACAACACCGACAGCAACAAGAAAAACACCUCAAUGCCAGUCACACUGAUAAUAAUAAUGACAAAAGUGUUGAACUUUCUUGUCGAGUUCUCAACUGUCCUCGACAUGGAAUCAGACGACUUCAUUGGAGCAUUGAUCCACAACAAAUUUUGUUGUUAACCAAUAACAGAAAAGUUGAAAGUCUUUCUCAAUUGAAAAAGUUAAUGAAAUCCCGUGUCACUACUACUACUGCAUCAAGCUUUGUUGUUCAUGAAAAACAUUCCACGCCUACAGUUCUUCCGUCAAACUCUCCAAAUACUGUUAUCAUCAAUAGCACGACGACUGCAGCAGCGGUGCACUAUUCACCAGUAGUUUCUGCUCGUUGGAGGAGAAAUAGGCGUACUCAUCCUCAUCAUUAUUUCACGAGGAAAAUAGAUUCGAAAGCUAAAGGUUUAUACUUAAACGAAAACAAUAAUAGUGAUAGUGAUUUGAUCACAUCUCAAGCAAUAAGAACCAACAACUGUCCGCAUUCUGCCAAUAGUGAGAUAACACAUUCACUAUCCCCUUUACGUAAGCAUUCCUCUACAUCAUCAGCAAUGAAUCAAUUGCAUGGAUACCAUUAUUAUUAUAAUUAUUAUAAUGCUGUAUCAUCAUCACCAAGUGAGCGAAGUCAAUCCUUGAUAUCGGUUAAUUCAUUACCAUGCUCUGAACCAUCUUUAUCUAAAAUUGAUAAUAACAAUAAUAAUAAUAAUAUGCAUUCAUUGCUACAUAUGAAUUAUACGGAUUCAAUGGAACUGUUACUCGCGCCAUCACAUCCUCCUCCUUCAUCGAUUCAUAGAUGGUAUGAUUCAUCUUUGUUAUUAAGGCCUACUCCUACUACCACUACUACUUCUACUAACCAACAAGAAGUAAAUUCAUCAUCAACAGACCCUCCUACAGAUCGACAAUUCUAUAUUCUUCCAAAGUUUAAUCGUUCUGUUAGUAGCAGUGUUAAGCCUUUCGCCUUGCCGUCGUCCACCUCCUCUUUCUGUAACAGUACACUACGAGCUAGUACACUACCGACAACACGAAUUCUACGCGAUGAUGAACAGUCAAUUAACGAAAACACCCUACUACUACUCACUACCGCUGGUUCUAAUCAUCAUCGACAACAACAACAACAACAUUCCUAUGUGAAUUCAAGACUGAAUGUUGUUGAUAAUCCAGAUAAUCCACCGUCUACUACUACCAGUGGCGGCGGCGGCAGUUCUACUCAUCAUCAUCAUCAAAAAUCAAAUCGAUUACAAUCAUCUGUUAGCAGUAAUCUUGAUCGUCUCUUGCCUUUACUACUUCAACGUACUUCUACUAAUACUCGUCAAAAUGCUAUAUCAUCCAGUGUACAGGACAAAACUGGUGUUGAUCCUGUUGGCGUUGUUGGUGGUUCUAAUAACUCCAUGCCUCGAAAAUUCUCCUAUCAAUCCUCAGAAGUUGAUUCAUCUCCUCGAGUUGCGAUAAACAGUAAUAAUAAUAAUAAUAAUUAUGUGAACACUGUUAAUAGGAAACAAAGAAGAAGAAAAUCAAUCAAUGAAGAAAUCAAUGAUAAAACAACAACAACAACACUUCAAGUUGAUGAGCAGUUGUCAUCUGAUAUUCAUACUUAUAAUAAUUUGAUUCGACUACAAGAAUAUCCAACUUCUAUGAUAAUAAAUGAUGACAGUACCGUAUUACACGGUUUAAAGUCUAUUCCUCCGACAUCUUUAUCGUCUUCUUCUGUAUACGAUCCAACAACAUCCCAAUUUCUACACUUAACUAUUCAUGAAGAAAAUGGUACUAGUUGUCAAAGUCAACCACCCUCCUCCUCAUCGUCAUCAUCAUCAUCAACGACUAGUUAUGUCAAUUUCCCUGGAUUUUGGUCCAAUCUUCAUUCGACUACAAGCGCAUCUAGUGUGGCUGCUUCGGUUUCUGCUAUUACAUCAUCAUCAUCAAUGGAGAAUCGUUUAUAUGCUAAUUUAAUGCAUAAAACAAAUCAAAAAUAUACAAAGCAUUCUAAUAAUAAUAUUAAUAACAACAGUAAAGGUACAUUAUUAAGUCAGCUACCAAUGAAUAACGCUCACUGUGAUAUAACUACUAGUGCUGGUCAAUCAUUAUUGUACACUGGUGGUGAAAUACUUCAUCAUUCAACAGACAGUCAUUAUUUACCACAGGCUACUACUACUGCUACGACUAUAAAUCUACUGAGUAAAUCGAAUAAUUCACCUGGUCCUACUAUUUCUUUAGGUGGUAGUAGUAAUCUUAUGCCAUCUUCAACAUCUCAGUGUUCUUGUUGUUCACCAGUUGGAGGAGUUUAUCUACCAGGAGCAUCACCAGCACCACUGCCCCCGCCAUCCGUAGUAAAUAUGCCUACAGAAACUGAUUAUUCCUGUUUACCCGCUGAGGUUCGUGAUCCUAGUCGUAAUUAUGCAAUGGUUGAUUUACGACCAAGUCCAGCUAGUUCAACUCUUCCACCAACUGAAUUAACUUUGAGCAUAAAUCAUCAACACCAUCAUCAUAUUAAUGAGCAUACAAGUCAAUCAUGCUCCUCUUCAUCAAUUGAUGACAGUAUUUGCAGUAAUAGUGGUGCCAGUUUAACACAUAAUGGUAGUAAUAAUAAUAAUAACAAUAGCACUAGUACUACGGGUAGUGAUUGUACUAGUGAUGCAGCCACUUUAACCUCAGAUACUAUUGAAAAUUAUUCAACAGUCUGUAAUCCACCUUGCGAAUCAUCAUCAUUAUCAUGCGGUAAUAAGACAAUGAAUAAUAAUAAUAAUACCAGUAAAGUAAAAUCUAAAAUCUCUUCUAUGGAUACAGAUUCAUGCGAUCGUUUUAUGCUAAUGAAUAAUACAAUGACAUCACGUCGAAGGCAUAGUCAUAGUUUAUCGUCAUCGUCAAUGACAACAGAUCCACCACCACCGAUAUUAAAUUAUGUUCAUGUGAUUGCAGCUGCUGGUGCAUCAAAUACACGUUUCACUUCAACUGAGACAGCACGAUCCUCUGAUCCUAGUUCAGUAUCUGAUCCUAAUCAUAUUGGUAGUGUUGGUGUUGGGGGUAUAAUCACUGAAUUCGGUAAUUCACCAAGUUCUAGUAGUGGAUUAGGCGGUGUCACAUCACAAUCGAAUGCAUCUUCGUUAGCUGCACCAGCUUCAUCCACUUCAUUCGGUGAUAUCUUUUCAUGCAGAUCAAUGACAUCCUCGGGUACGUCGUCUGUAGAAGGUGGUAAUAAUAAUAAUACUAAUACUAAUCCAGAGAUGAUGAUGGUGAUGGCGGCGACGACGACAGAUUUGUCAAGUUGUUCACCGUCAGAUGAUAACUGUGUCAUUUAUACACAAAUAGAUUUUACACGGACAAUGGCAUUAGGUGAAUUAUCGAAUGAUAUAAUGGCACAAGAGAAUCAAACUGCCAAUAAUAUUACUAAUAAUAUCAAUAGUAAUAAUAAUAGACUAUCUUCAUCAAUGAUUGCUUCACGUAACAGUACUAUUACUAACAUGAGUAGUACUAAUAACAAUAAUAAUACUGGUACAACAUCGUCUUCUUCUUCACGAAAUAAAAUUGAUCGUACUACUUCAGUUAAAAAGACUUUGUAUCGAUCGAUCCGUUUGAUUGGGGGGCGAGGAUCACGUAAAAAAGUCGGCUAAUUACGAUGAUUAUAAAGAUGAAUUUGACCCUCAUUAUGAUUAUUGUUAUUAAUAUUAAUUAUUAUUAUUAUGAUUACUAAUAUUAUUAUCAUAAGUUUUCCCACCCUUACUGCAUUUUAUAAAUUACUCUCUUCUGACUGUGAAUAUUGUGAAUUGUUUAUUUUUCACCAACCUUUAUUUAAUUUAAUUUAAUUAACUAAUUUAUUUAUUUAUUUAUUUUCAUUUGAAUUAAUGCUCAGUGAUGCUUGACAAUAAUGUUAAUAAUAAUAAUGACGAUAGCUCACUGGCGAAUGUUUUUUUUUAUUUCUGUGCAAUUCAUGUUUUACACUCACACUCACCACCCCACCCCAUCCUUUCUUCCUAUUUUCUCUUUUUCUUUAUGAAACUUGACUAUAACGUAAUAAUAACUGAGGAUGAUGACGAUGACGAUUAUUCAAAAAAUGUGCGUACCUCCUCUUGAUUUUUAUUGUAAUUUUGACAUUUUGUCCGUCUUAGUUACUUCCUUCCUCUGCUUUGAUUUUCCUUCAUGUGUACAGCUGGAAAAAGUGUUUAUAUACACCUACCAGUAACUACUCCUCCUCCUACCAUUACUACUGUUACCCCCCCCGCGCCCUUCUUGGUUUACUUUAUUCUUGUAAACAGCAGUUUGAUGUGUUGGAUGUGUUUCCAAGGCGGUGCGGAGCAGGGGGGGGGCGGCGAGCGGUAAUAUCAACAUCCUCUGUUUUAUUGAUAGUUAAACCCCUUAUCUUUGUAUUUGUAUGUAUGUAUAUGUGUGCGUGCGUGUAUCUUUCUUUCACAUACACAAGUUUAUAAUUUUUCAUUCUUUUCUUACUUUUAUGCGCAUGUAUGAUGAUACCAUCAUAGAAUCGAUCUCAUUGUUAUUAUUAUUAUUAUUUGUUUAUUGUUUAAAUAAUGGCGCCAUGUGUUGUUAUGGUAGUAGAAGUAGUAGUUGUUGUUAUUGUUGGAAUGCUUCUAGCUUCACUUGAAUGAAAAUCUUUCGAAAUCCUAUUUAUUACAUUCAGACCACACACGCACAUACACAAACUUCCCUCCCUGCUAUAUAUACAUAUAUGUGAUGAAGGUGUAUGUGAUGUCCAAUGCUUUUCACUCACAUCCCUUUUUUCUUUGCGCAUCGUGUGUGUGUGUGAUUGCGCGCACGCAUACUUUUGAUUUGUAAAUUAUUUAUUUCCUUAUCUUACCCUCCCUCCACGCACACACACACACACCAUCACCUUUUUACUGAUUGAUCAAUGAAAAAGUUCUUUAAGUUGUUUUUUGUGCACACACGCACACAGUCGUCAUUCUCCCAUCCAUCACACUUAUUAUCCAGCUGGCUAUUUAUAAAAAAAGAGUUGUGACGUCUCUUUUUUCUAAAAAGUUUUCUUCUGUAUCUCAGAUACAAACACUUACAGAGAGAGCGGGAGAGUGGGAGAUUAUUAUUUUUGACUUUUUUCUCUUUGUGACUUUAUUCUACUUUUAAAAAGACAAACAUCCUCCUUUUUACAUGGGGAUUAUUUUUAAAAAAACGAAAAGUGUGCUUACUUACUUCUUAUUGUUUACUGAAAUUGUUCUUUUGUUGUUUUUCUUGUUAAAAAUAUCUAUUCCUUCGUAUGAUUCAUGUUUUCUGUUACUAGGUUUUGUGUGUGGGGGUGCACAUGUUUCGCUACGCAACGUGGCAGGUAGAUAGAUGCAUACGAUCACGGGCAUCAUAUAUUUGAAAAUAAUUCAAGCGACACAUUGGUUUUUUUUAUUUACUCCCUUCUGCAAUUCUUCUUCUCCUCUUUUGUCUGUGUUAUAAUUACAAUGCAACAUUAUAUUAUUAGACCCUGGGCACUUCGCCUUCCCUCGGCGCGCUUGGCUCUGUAGUCCUCAUUCUCCCACCUUCUGGUAUCUUAAAUGUUAUGAUGUGUAUAACUAACUAUUUAAAAAAAAAAAUUUCUUUUUAAUGAUUUCUACUUUAUGGGGGGGGGUUGAUCUCAGUCAUCGGUGGUGGUGGUCACUUCAUUUCUUGAUGAUUCCUUCCGUUGUGGUUGUCUCAUAUGGGACAAGAAGGUAGGCGCGUAAACAGACUCCCUGUCUCUCUCUCUCUCUCCCGCUCUGUUGACUUCACCGCGAAUGUUUUUGUUUGUGUCCCCUAUUGUCGGAAUGUAAAACAACCAACACAUACACGAUAAUGUUAAUGAUAGUCCUUUGUUUGUUAUCUGUCCUAUCCUUAUCUGAUGAUUUCCUCUUUUCUAUCGGCGCGUACGUGCGUGCGUGUGUUUGAGAACACCGGAUAUAUUUCCCUCCCUCUGUCGUAUUUCUUUUUCCAAGCUUUAUUUAGAUGCAGAGAUAUGCCUCUUGUAUAAAUUAAUACACAUAACUAACUAUCUAAGUAACUAACUAACUGUUGAACCCAUUUAUUCAGUUUUAUUUGUAAUGAUUUUAUUUUUUAUUUGGUGUUCUCCUAUUAUCUUUCCUUUUGUUUAUUAAUUAUCAAUCUUUAUUGUCUAUCCCCUCUCCCAUCACUUGCCCUAUUUUUUCUUUCUUUCUUCAACGGUUUAAAAUUUAAAAAAUUCUCUAUUUGUUGUGUAUACAUUUGUGUGUGUGUGUGUGUGCGAUUGUACACUUGGUAAAUUAUAUUAAGCCUGUAUUGUCUCUCUCUCUCUCUCAUUCACCAUUUAUCCUUAACAGUUAACUAACUGUUGAAGACGAUUGUUUGUUGACAGUGUUCUAGGCCAUAAUUCUUCUUCGUUUGCUCGCAACCCCCCUCCCGCCACCUUCUUGUCCAUUAUUAAUUAAUUAGUAAUAUGUGUGCUGGUCUUGUAUAAUUAAGGAUGAGUGUAAAUUCUAAUCUACCUCUUUCUUUCUCUCGCUCAUCCUUUCGUUUUCUUCCUUUAUUCUAUUGUCAUAUACUAUGUGUCUAUGUAUGUCAUUGCAUUCUACUAUUGUGUUUAGUGAGUAGUGAUAUCUACGCAUACCUUUUUUGUUUCUCUCCAGCCUUCAGAAUACUUGUAUCCCCUGUAGAGAACUUGAUCUGAUCUCAUUUAUUAUUUAUGAUUAUCACUGUUGCUGUCUCUUGAUUUUUAUUUUUUUUAGAUAAUUGAUAAUAUAAUAAUAAUAGUAAUAGUAGCAAUAAUAUGGGCACCCCUUGCUCCCCCCCUCACCUCCCAAUCUCCUUCGUUUAACUAACCCCUGCUUCUGGUGUUGAUGGCAGGGUGAUCAAUAAUAAUAGUAAUGAUAAUUACUUGUACUCAUAUUAUAAUAUUAAAGAUAAACGACUACCAAUCCUCUAUGUUCCUAUCUGACUAUGAUGGACAAAUUAAUAUAAUAUUAUAUACAUAUAUAUUUUUUUUCUGUCUUGGUUGUUGUUUUAACAGUUUCACUUUGCUUUUAUUUGUUUUUUUUUCAAAAAAUUUCUCCCGUUGAUUGAUUGAUUAAUUGAUUAACCCCCCCCCUUUAUUCCCACAACACCCUCACCAUCCCGUCCUGUGUACGUCGAUCUCAUUUUUAUUUGUCUACUUUUCUCCUGUUCAAAUUUUAUUUUUUUACUUCAAAAUGAUGAGCAUAUAUAUAUAUAUAUAUAUAUA